CGCAGUCGUUAUUGCGAGCUGCAAGCAAACGCAACAACAAGUCCACUUUAUUUAGCUCGUUUCGUCGUCACGGAAAACUAACCUGACUUGGAGUCAACGAGAGCUGCAGAGUUGCAGAUAGUUGCACUCGCACAGCGAUGGCGUUGGAAGCCCUGGUUACUGCAUUGGCUUGUCUAAGCACAACUUCGCCAACCGUGACCGAACACCACGUGCCAAUCAUCAUGAGGAACUCAAUCGAGCCAUUCCGAGUGGACAAUACAACAGGCAAUUGUCCAGUCGGUGCUCUUGGUGGCCUAAUGACCCGCAUAGAAUAUAUGACCGAUCAGCUAAAACUGCUCAAAGCGGAUCUAAUGCAACUGCAAGAGCUCAUUACAGAGUAUAAAAAUGAAGCGCCAAUAGCUCCAAUUGAAUCGAGAAUAUAUCAGCCGCUGGAAUCCUUUGCAAUGACUUCCGUGUCGGAAGUCAAUGAGAUGCCACCCAAUUGUUUAGAUCAAAAGCAUGGGCAAGUGCGCAUUCAAAUCGAGACAGCCGGGGAACCUUUCUAUGUGAAUUGCGAUCAAAAGGUGCGCAAUGGAGGCUGGCUUGUGAUCGCCUAUCGCUACGAUGGAAGCGAGGACUUUAAUCGAGAUUGGCAUGCAUACAAGUCUGGCUUUGGAGCGCUCAACGCUGAGUUCUUUAUCGGUCUGGACAAGCUGCAUCGCCUCACUAUAAGGGGUGACUAUGAACUGCUGAUCAUAAUGCGCAGUAAAACGGGAGAGGAACGUUUUGCGCUCUAUGAUCUCUUCAGCAUUGGCAGCGAGAACGAAAAGUAUUUACUGAAUGUGUUGGGCGCCUACAGAGGCGAUGCAGGUGACUCGCUGCGCUAUCAUGCUGGUAAGAAAUUCACAACAUUCGAUCAGGACAACGAUGACAAUGGACAGAACUGCGCUCGCACGCAUGCUGGUGCCUGGUGGUACGGACGUGAAUGCUUUGAAAGCAAUCUAUUUGGAACCUUCCAGUUCAAAUAUGGCCAAGAGAUUGGAUAUUUUAAGGGAAUUCUGUGGAAGACUUUUGUCCCUGGCCCCACAGGCUCUCUGCGUUAUGUCCGCAUGCUGAUUCGACCUAAGCCUAAGUGAUUAACUCUGAUGAUUUGAAUGUUAAAGUAAAUUUUUCUUAAUUUAUAAAGCGUACUUCUACUUGCACAACAUGAACUACGAGUAGUUAGCAUAUUAUAGAUAGCAAUGUUCACACCAUUACCCUCUUAGCUAUGUGUAUUCCAAUUGGUCGACAUGAAUACCCAGAUCUCAUCAUAACAUAUACAUUUAGUGAGUCGUUCUUGUAUUCUUAUUUCCUGUGAAAAAUGGUACAUGUUUUCAAACAAAUUAAAACAUUUAAUUGAUUUGAAUUAAGACAAUAUGCUUAGAUUAUGUAACAGGGUAAAAAAAAUAACCUUGAGUAGCACCAUAAGAAUAUUAAUAUGAAUAUGUACUUGUGCACUUAUACAUUCACGAUUGAAGUUAACUUUGGUUUGAUGUCGAAGUUUGCCGUUUUCCUUCGAUUUUAUGGAAGAUAAUCAGAACAUCACCAGAUUCUAAAAAGAAGCCUUAAAAGUGUAGUUAACAAAUUUUACGACUAUGCUCAUAUAAUAAUAUUUAUGUUUAUAUCAAAUAUAUGAACAAAAAAUAAGUCAUUUAGUUUUAUAAAAUCAAU